CUGGGGGGCUGCGCGUCCCUGCCCUUCCUAGCUCGGUGCGGUGCCGCAGACCGCCCCUUGUGUCACUGUCUCGUGUCCCUCGGCCGUGCCUGCGAUCCUUAAGGCGGUCCUUAGAUUUCCGUCGAGAUCCCUCGUCGUGCCCUCAUCCCACCGCUUGGACACGGCCGUGAGGAGACCCCCGCCCUUCGCACCGUAACGCCCAUUGAGGACGGCGCUGCCUCUAUGUGCGGCGCUCCCCGACAGUCGCUGGCCGUGCCCUCCGCCGGAGCUCCCCGCCCUGCCCGGGGCGCAGCCGGGACGCGCGUGUCCCUGCACAGCUCUGUGGGGCGAGCAGCUCGUGGGCACGUGCCCGUAAUGCCUGUGACUUUGGUACGUGGGAGAGCCCCACAGAGCACUUGGCCCUCCCUUUGGGGCUGCGGGUGUCCUAUGCUUUCCCCACCGAUGGUACCCGAUGUGCGCCCUGGGUGCAGUGUGCUCAGGGCCCAUACCCAUGCUUCAGCAUCCCCGUGACUUUAAAGCCAACCAUGGGACACAGCAGGGGCUCUGCAGGGAGCAGGCCGGGCGGGUUUGUGCCCCCGCCCCGACGCGAGGGCAGGAGGAGGUGCCCGGCCCCAGGUGGAUCAAAGGGAGUCCCCGGGGAACGCGGGUGACUCAGGACUGUGGGACUCCUGGCGAGGCACUGAGUCAAAGGAGUUGGGGAGCAUUGGGAUAUGGCCUUCUCGCUGGCUGGAAAGGGCCCUGGGAGUGGGAGGGUUUGAUUUCUCUCCACACGCUAGAAAGGACACUGGGAAUGUCACCCGUGGGCUGCAUAGUGCUGACCCCUGGGUGUGGGGCUGGAGUUUGGCUGUGUUUCGGGGGAGGAAGGCUGCCUGGCAGCUCCCUGUCAGCUCACCCAGGUCUCUGUCCUUGGGGCAUUUAUUGUCCCCGGCUGCGUUAUCUCUGCAAAAGCCCAUCUGCAAGCAGGAACCCAAACACUGUCUCGUGCCGGCAACACACCAAUGCUGUGCCUCUGCUGCUGGCAGGGGCUGUGGUGCAGCCUUACCCCUAUGUGCCAGGGGUCUGGGAAGGACAGAGGACCUAGGGUGCUUGGGAUGAGCAGCGAGGAGCAUUUUUGAUGCUGGGUCAUGAGUGCUGUCUGCUGGGAGCAGUGAUGGUUCCAGCCCUGGCAGUGACAGCCGGAUGCAUCCCUGUUGCUGAGCCCUGCACAUUUUGUAAUGUUUUGGGCUUAUCUGAAGCGCCGACAGCCAAAGCCAAAGGAGCAUGUGAUGGUCUGUGGGCGCAGGAGGGAAAUGUGCAUCUCCCCUGCCCACUGAGCACGAGCAGUGUGCUAUCAGACACAUAUGGGAUGUGUUGGGCUUCAUUCGCUGUCCUUCACCAGUCCCAAAACUGCUGGGUGAGAGCUUUCAGUGCGAUGCCGCUUGUGAUGGUGGAAAGGGGCCCAGGACUGGUGGCACAGCACAUUGUGGGGCUUCGUGCAGUGGGGUGGGGUUGUGUGGACUCCCCCAGACAGUGAGGGAUUUUGAAGGUCUCUGUGGUGCUGUCUGACCUUCUUGCUCAUUUGGAGGUGUGUGGUGAUGGUUUGUGGAGUGCUGAUCUAUUUUACCCCACAUUCUGUAGUGUUUCUCCUUUGAGGAGGAUGACCUGAACUUGUCGCUGGAUACAGAAACCAUCCCAGAGGCUGAGGAGAUCCUGGGGACAAUGCAGAACUACCUUGACUCCUCUGUCAUCUCCAUCAUCGAGGACCUCUCCCUAAGCGAGGGCAAGGUCUGCCUGGAUGCACAGAAUGAGCUGUCCCUGCUCACUGCCAUCACGGAGAUCCUGGACAGCACAGAUGAUGAGACCCUGUCCCCCUUCGACACCAUUGUGGACACAGAGCUGCUGACCUCGCUGCGGGAGCGGGAGAACCCCUCGUUCCAGAAGUUUCUCAGCCUAUCCCGGCCAGUUCUUGAGUGCAAGAGCCCUGCCUUGGAGCAGCCCAAGGGUCUCUGGUCCCUCAGCAGCGGUGGCAGCAUAGCCGAAGCUGGGAAGACCGACGUGGAUUUGGCCUGGGACUGCAUUGCUCACGGCCUGGAGGACCCAUCACCACCAAAGAAGCAAACCUGCAGCACCCCGCGGAUGGAGAGGAAGCAGGGGCGGCCCCGUGCCCAUGAGCAGCUCCCCCUGCAGCGUAGUGACGGGGAGGAGGAAGAUGAGGAGGCUGCCUCCAGCCCAGAGCUGGACAGCAGCAUGGAGGCUGCAGAGUUCUCCAUGAAUGUGCCUGAGGUGGUGGCGGAGGAGCACGAAGACCCCUGUGUCAUCAACACAGGUGAUGUGUCGCUGAGCGAGCUGGUGAAAUCCAUGCACCCCUACUGCCUGCCCACCUUCACUGUGUGUGUGGACCCCGAGAGCGAGCCCAUGGCCAAGGAGCUACUGAGCGGCCCCGUUGUGCUGGAGAUCGUACCCAGGGAGGGUGAGAACAUGGAGAUCCCCGUGGUGCUGCAGCCCCUGGCCCCCAACUUCCCUGACCUGGAACCCCAGCUACUGGGCACAGAGGGCAACGCGGAGUCAAUCCCAGUGCACGGAGAGGAGCUGCCAGGAGAUCCAGCACCUGAAACUGGAGUGGAGGAGGAGGAGAAACCACCUGGGCAGGAGCCCUCAUGUGCAGCGCUGGACAGCAAGACUCCUAUGGAGACUACAGUGAACAACAAGCGUGAGAUUUGUGAGAAGGGACGUGGCCGUGAGAGAGCAAGGAAGAGUAGAAAAAAGAAAGUGGAGGAAGGUCCAAGUGAGGAGGGCCGGGCAGGCAGAGACUGCAUGGCACACCGGGUGCACUCAGGCAGGUCACGGCGGGCAGCACGGCCCUCGCUGCAGGUCUCUGACUUCCUGGCACGGCAACUGGAGCAAGCACGGAAGGAGGGGCAGAUGGAGCUGCAUGCUGAGCGGGCACCACAGCCACGUGGCCGCCACCGGGGCACGGCAGGGGCCUCCCUGCCCACGAAGGAGCCCCCGGAGCUGCCAAAAGAGUUGGAGCCAGAAAUGACAGACACAGUGCUGGAGAAGGGUGAGACUGCUGUGCCUGUGGAGAAAACCACAGAGGAGCCGCUAGCAGCAAGGCAACCCAGCCCGGUGGAGCAGGAGGACAAAGGGGCUGCACAGCCAGAUGUUGAGAUGCCAAAGCAGGAUGUAGGCAUGGAGCCCACCCAGAGCGUGCCCACAGCAGAGCCAAGUGAGACCCUGCCCAAGGAGGCCAAGCCCAAGGCCCUGAGCCUGAGGGAGUAUCGCAUGCGCAUGCAGCACCGCCAGUCCAGCAUGGGAAGCGGGAAGGAGGGCAAGAAGCAAGCAGCCAGCAAGUGGCCCAGUGUCCCUGAGCCUCCCACCGAGCUGGCAGACAUUCCCUGUCUGAUGGCACCUGCACGCCCAUCCACCGAAACACGUAGGGCUCAGAAGAGCCUGGAGAAAUCAGCCAGUUCCCCUGCUGGGCCUCCUCCUACCAACAAAGCACCUCUGGCUCCGGCUCCAGCACCAGCUCCUGCUCCAGCACCAGCUCCGGCACCUGCCUCAGCCCCACCACCUCCAGUGACACCAGUACCUUUUGUUGCACCUACCAUGCCCCCAGCUGCUGGGACAGCUCCCCCUGGGAUGCCACCACCGGCUACUACUGGUGCUUAUGCCGUGUAUCCAUCUGUGCCUUCCUGGCCCUGCUUUGGUCCGCAGCCCCUGGGCUGCCAUGCUCUGCCCCCACCGCCUGGCGCUGGGCCCCCCGGCACUUUCCACAUGGUGCCCCACGCCUCCCGCCUCCACCCAUGGCCCUGGCCCCCGCCGGCCCUGCCCCCCCCCCCACCUUUCAUCCCCGGUGGCCCCUAUGGCCCCGUGGGCUGGGCCCCCCCAUCUUACUGGCCAGGCAUCCCCAUUCCACCACCUCCAGUGCCUCCUAUGGCAUACGGUGAUCCUGCCCUGCAGGGUGCAGCGGCCUCUUCAGUCCCAGCUGGUGGCUGCCCCAGCACGGCCCUCCUGCAUGGGCAGUCUCCCCCAGCCCUGGAGCUGCCAGCUAUCCCUGUGCAGCCAUCCCCAGGCAGUGAGAUGGGGACUGCAGGCAGCCAGGCCAGACCAGGGGUCAGCAGGGUGUCAAAUGCUAGGAGGCAGGCACGUUUGGUGGGGGAGAGUUCCUUCCCCAAGGUACCCUCGGCUCCGGCCCCCACCCAGCCACUAGAAACUCCAUCAGGUGCUGCUGCUCAGCCUAGCAUGAUCCCUCCUGCUGCACCAUCUCCAGCUGAGGCUGCUCCCACCCAACCCUUGGUGGAGCCCCCACCUGCAGCACCCAUCCAGCUCUCGAAGGCCGCCCCGGCUCAAGUUCCUGCAGAGAUGUCAGCUGCUGUUAUCCCUGCUAGGGGGUCCCCUGGCACCUACCUUACAGAGGAGCCUGUGGGGCCAGCCAAGACCCCACUGGAGCCACCCAGCCACAAGCCGAUCACCCAGGCUCUAGUACCACCACCAAAACCAUGCCGGGAGAGCAGCAAGCCACCCACUGCACGGCCCUGGAGGCACCAACCACUCAUCAGCCCUGCACAGCCCAGUGACAGCAACCAGGACAUUGUGCAGGCCUUCAUCAGUGAGAUUGGGAUCGAAGCUGCCGACUUGUCCAGCCUGCUGGAGCAGUUUGAGAAAUCCGAAGCUAAGAAGGAGGAGGCUCCUGUUCAGUCCCCUGAGGAAAGGCGGCCAGCAAGGAGUGCUGGGUCGGAGCCCCAGCCAGAGAGGAAGCCCCCGGACAGCCUACAGGCCUCGGAGUUGGCCAACGUGGCAGGGCUCACCCCCCCGGCGACCCCUCCCCACCAGCUCUGGAAGCCGCUGCCAACUGUCUCAAUGCUGGCCAAGACCAAGUCACCCGUCUCGGCACUUCAGGAAGGGAGUCAGAGGACCACCAAGCUCACAAAAGCUAAACCCCUGCCCCAGAGCAAGCUCCAGGGGAGGAGCCCAGCACCUGGCAGCGCAGCCCCCAGCCACGUCUGCUCAGGUGACCAUGACUACUGCAUCCCACGCACGACACGCUUGGAGAACAGCAGCAUCGCUGGCACGCAGCCCCCCGCCACUGAGAGCGGCUCCCGCUGGAACGUCAAACACCACCGGGACAUCACCAUCAAGCCCAUCUCCUCCUUAACCAAACGGACGCUGGACCAGCCCAAGCCGGCCCCCGCCACUUCAGUGGGGCCCAGCCAGGAGUCCCCGGGGGCUGCCUGCCCAACCCCCCUGGAUUAUCGGACUAGCGUCCCCAGCAAGGCCAUCACCGGGGGUGACAGCCCCGCCACCUCAGUGCUCCUAUCCCCGGCCGCGUCUCCCUGCCGGGACCAGGAGGUGUGGACCCCUAGCACCCAGCCUGGCCGUGUCGCUGCCAAGAAGUCCCUGCGCUGCUACCGGAGACCGCAGGACUCGCCCAGCCCCUCUGCAGGCAGCUGGAGGGCCGGCCGCAGCCGGGCCAGCCGCUCCUUCAGUUCCAGCUCGGAUGGAGCUAGCGAGUCUUCAUCAUCAUCCUCAUCCUCCCGAUCCCGGUCACGGUCACUGUCCCCACCGCCCAAGCGGUGGCGAGGGUACCGCUCAAGAUGUUCCCACAGCUCGUCUUCCCGCUCCAGCUGCGGGUCAUGUGGCAGGUCCCGAGACAGGUCCUCCUCUUCCUCCUCCUCAUCCUCCUACUCCUCCCGGUCCCCGUCCCGCAGGCAGUCCCGCUCCCGUUCGCCCUCUCCCUGCAGGAGGAGUAACAGACGGAGAAGAUACAGUUACGAUGCACAGGACCAUUACCAAAGGCAGAGGAUCCUCCAGAAGGAACGUGCAAUAGAGGAGCGGCGAGUUGUGUUCAUUGGCAAGAUCCCCAGCAGGAUGACGCGGUCAGAGCUGCGGCACCGCUUCUCGGUGUUUGGGGACAUCGAGGAGUGCACCCUGCACUUCCGCUCCGAGGGGGACAACUAUGGCUUUGUCACCUACCGCUAUGCUGAGGAGGCCUUCGCUGCCAUUGAGAGCGGGCACAAGCUGCGACGUCCAGAUGAGCAGCCUUUUGAUCUGUGCUUUGGUGGCCGCCGGCAGUUCUGCAGGAGGAACUAUGCCGACCUGGACUCCAACCGAGAGGAUUUCGAUCCAGCCCCUGUGAAGAGCAAGUUCGACUCGCUGGACUUCGACACGCUGCUGCGGCAGGCACAGCGCAGCCUGCGGAGGUAGCAGCAAGCACGGCGGAGCGCCCGCCCCCGCUUUUAUACUCGAAUACAAAAGACAAAAAAAGUAUGGAGUGAAAGAUGAGGUUUUUAAGAAAAAGAAAAAGGAAAAAAAUUUGUUUUAUAACCAGUAUUUAAGGAGGACGGGCAGUUUUCCAUCAACUGGAAGGGCCUAGGUGAGUGGCAGCCUCGGGCUUGCCGAGCCGUGUAAUAAAUGUGGAUGCCCAAACCCA